CCUCACGCCGAGCCCCAGCCCGCGACGUCCUCGAACGGACUACUCGCUCUACAGACACCACGACUAUAGGGCGGGCGGCAGCGGGGCGGGCGGGAGCCGCAGCCCGGCCAACACGUGAGAUGAGCGACGCGCAACAUGGCGCACCAGCGAAAAAUUCUAAAUUGUAUGUUGUAAAACAAGUUCAGAACCACGAUCUCAGGCGCGCGGGGGAGGGGGCGAAGGACUCGCGUGUGUAUGUACGUGCUGAGCGUGGAGGGGGAUGA